CGGGGCAGCAUUCUCAGCCCGCUGUCUGCGCGCCGCGGACGCAGGCGCAGAGAUGAGCCCGUGCGCCCGCAGGCUGGCCCGGCGGCCGCGCUCCGCGCUGCUGCUGCUCGCCGCCGUCGCCGUGCUGCUGGUCCAGACCCUCAUCGUGUGGAACUUCAGCAGCCUGGACUCCGCCGGCGGGGAUGGGGGCUCCAGGAGCCGGGAGAAGAGAGGGGAGCGCGCCGCGGGGCUCCACAAAGACCACCGGGAGGGAGGGGGCGGCGCGGCGCGGCACCGGCUGCAGGCGGACGCUCCUCUCUCUCAUCGGCCCAAAGAGAAACUCCGACCCGACAGCAACAGCGAGAACUCCGUCCCUAAAGACUUCGACAGCGUCGACGGCAACAGCAACCUGGCGGCGCGAUCACAGCACCUGCGGAAACGUAAGCUGGAGAAAGCCCAGAGCAUGAUGGGAAAUGACAUCUUCAAGCACGUCCAGCCCAAAGGCCGGAACCACAACCACACCCGAAAGAGCCAGCCUCCACUGCCGAGCUUUGCAGCGCCGGCUCAGGGGUCCAAUCAGCCGGCGAGGCCCCCACCGCCGCCACCCGGGCUGGAGGCGAAGAGGCAGUGCGAGAUCAGCGGGAAGGAGGCCAUCUCAGCUCUGUCCAGAGCCAAAAGCCGGGAGUGCCGGCAGCAGAUCGUGGAGGCGUUCUGUCGGCACAAAGACAAGGCGCUGAUGCCUGAGAAGGUGCCCCGCCUCUGCCCCUCAGAAGGUAAACCCCUCAUGACCGUGCAGUGGGACGAAGGCGUGGCCUCUGAGGGGGCUCCGCCCACACGCAUCGCCUUCGUCCUGGUCGUCCACGGCCGAGCCUCUCGCCAGCUCCAGCGGCUCUUCAAAGCCAUCUACCACACGUCGCACUACUACUACAUCCACGUGGACCAGAGGUCCGACUUCCUCCACAGAGAAGUUCUGUCUCUGGCCCGUCAGUAUUCAAACGUCCGUGUGACGCCCUGGAGGAUGACCACCAUCUGGGGGGGCGCCAGCCUGCUGACCAUGUACCUACGCAGCAUGGAGGACCUGCUGCGCAUGUCCGACUGGUCCUGGGACUUCUUCAUCAACCUCAGCGCUGCUGACUUCCCCAUCAGGACCAACCAGCAGCUGGUGGGCUUUCUGUCUAAACACCACGGCAAGAACUUCAUCAAAUCUCACGGCAGAGACAACACGCGCUUCAUCCGGAAACAGGGUCUGGACCGACUCUUCUUGGAGUGCGACGCCCACAUGUGGCGCCUGGGAGACCGGAAGAUCCCAGAGGGCAUCGCCGUGGACGGGGGCUCUGAUUGGUUCCUGCUCAGCCGCUCCUUCUUGGAUUACGUGGUGAACUCCGGGGACGAACUGGUCAGCAGCAUGAAGCGCUUCUACGCCUACACGCUGCUCCCCGCCGAGUCGUUCUUCCACACGGUGCUGGAGAACAGCGCUCACUGCGAGACCAUGGUGGACAACAACCUGAGGCUGACCAACUGGAACCGCAAGCUGGGGUGCAAGUGUCAGUACAAGCACAUCGUGGACUGGUGCGGCUGCUCGCCCAACGACUUCAAGCCGUCCGACCUGCCGCGCUUCCAGCAGACGUCCAGGCCCACCUUCUUCGCCCGAAAGUUUGAGGCCAGCGUCAGCCAGGAGGUCAUCAACCAGCUGGACGCCCUCCUGUUCGGGGCGUUCCCCCCCGGGACUCCGGGCCUGCAGUCCUACUGGGAGAACGUCUACGAGCAGGAAACGGACGGCCUGUCCAGCCUGCCGGACUCCAGGCUCAGUCACUACCACGCCUUCGCCCGUAUGGGGCUGGCCCACGCCGCCGGCUCGCCGCAGGGCCGUCCCAACAACCACAGCUGCAGGUACAUGGCCGUGAGCCACCCGGUGUCGGUUCACCUCUACUUCCUGUCCGACCGAUUCCGUGGUUACCUGGUCCGCCACGUGGCCACGAACCGAGCCUCGACCCAGAUGGAGACCCUGGAGACCUGGGUGACUCCUAAAGACCACUUCGCUCUGGCCAGCCCGCCUCACGCCAACAACCGGCUGCAGCACAUCCAGGUUGGUUCCGACUGGGAUCCAAAGGAGCGGAUCUUCAGGAACUGGGGGGGUCUGCUGGGCCCUGAAGACGAGCCGGUGGCCGUGCAGCGCUGGAGCCGGAGCCAGAACAACCUGACGGCCACCAUCGUGUGGAUCGACCCCACCAACGUCAUCGCCGCCACCUACGACAUCCUGGUGGACGCGUCCGCCGAGGUCACGCACUACCGGCCGCCGCUCACCUCGCCUCUGCGGCCCGGAGUCUGGACCCUGAGGGUUCUGCAGCGCUGGAGCCUGCUGGGUCAGACCCGCUUCAUCGUCGCUCCUCUGGAGUUCCACAGACAGCAGCCCAUCCAGAGAGAAGACGCCCAGCGUCUGCACGGCGGCCCGGCCAAGAACUCCUACAUGGAGCAGAGCUUCCACGGCCUGAACCCGGUGCUGCAGCUGCCCGUCAGCCUGGUGGACGUGGAGGCGGCGGAGGCCAACGCCGGCCUGACGGGGGCGCCGCUCCGCCUCUGGGUGGAUGGACUCCUGGGGGGCCACUGGUCCGCCUCAGACGUCUGUUCGUUAGCCCCCAGCGCCUGCUCGUUCACUAAACUCUGCAGGACGGCGACCUGGAGCUCCGCCGGCCCGGACCCCAAAUCUGAACUGACCCCCCCCAGAGAGAACGGGCGGAUCAGGUAGCAGCAGGGGGGCUGAGGGGAGACGGGUGGAUGGAGGUGAAGAAAUGAAGGACUGAUAUUUAUUUAUUUGAACCUCAAAGAGUCUGGGACAGAGAGGGGAACCCCCCCUGAAGAAAAGCUUUCUGUCAGUCUGCUCUUUAGCUCGGGACCAUGAAGCUGCGUGAAAGAAUGAAUGUGAGAUAAAGGAGUGCAUACCUCAUGUUGUCGUCUCCCUGAUCAACAGCUGCUCCUUUCUUUCUAAAGGUCACUUUGGAUUUCAGGCUGAAAUCCUUCAGCCUUAAAGGGUGCAAUAACGUUUUCUGUCCUGUUUUGUAAAAUAAAAUAAUUAAAACAUGUUGACAUUGUGAAUAA